AUUAUUAUUAUUAUUAUUUAUUCAUCAAAUACUUGAAAAAGAAUGCAAUCUGCUCCACUAAACUCUUCAUCUCUCAAAAUUGUUAAUUAUACUUUAUUCACCGGUCCUUAUGGAUCAAAUCCAAGCACUCUAUGUAAACCACAGGUAAGCCUCAAAAUCCGAUCAGGUUCAAGAGCUGCGGUUCGUGCAGUGGACGACAUCUCGGCCAUUACUUCGUCUCAGCCACAAAUCACUUGGCAAAUUGUGGUCGGCGCUCUUGCGGGUCUAUCUCCUUUUGUGGUGGCUGGAAUUGAGUUCAGCAAGAGAAUUAUUGAACAAAAGAAGUGUAAGGUGUGUAAGGGGUCGGGGCUUGUAUUGAGGGAUGACAAGUGGUUUUUUGCCAUGGCAAUCUUGGAGAAGAUUCUUUACUGGUUAGGGAAUCAAAACCUGAAAACAAGUUUAUCUCCAAAAAUUUAGUUUUCUUUUCUAUUCGUUCCAUCUCUUGAAUCAAAAUGUCAUGUAGCCAAAAUAUUCCAGCAACUUGCUCGUUUUGUGAAUAAUAAUGUGCACAUCUUUGCGUUAAAUUUGUAUGCAAAUUAGUGAUCUUAAUGACAUGUGAGGAGUGGCGGAUUUACAAGCUUCAUCUAGAGGGGCCCGGAUUAUAAUAAUAAUAAUAAAUAAUUAUGAAUUAAUAUUUUAUGAGGUGGCUUAACCAUUAAACGGUCGAUCCGUCAUACCGUUGUAACAAAAAUGUAUACUUAUGUUAUGAAAUGUCAUGCUUUUGAUUAUGUUGCUUUUUUGGGUAGCACAUUUAAUUUUGAAAGUAUGUAUAAAUAUGAUUGUCUAACCGUUUGGUUUGUCUAAC